AUGUCUCGUCACGCUUUCAACAAUGGUCGCUCUGGGGGAUUACAUCGAAGGGCUGCAAAUUUAAACAAAAUUGAUCCCCGUUUCUCCCCCACUGCCUCCUACCCAGGCGCAACCUUUGGCUUGAUCCCCAUCCCCGGUCAAGAUGAUCCCACCACCAAACCUGAAGCCGCCUCCCCAACCCCCGACCCGAAGGCGACAUCUUCUGCCUCGACGCCGGAUGCCUCAAAGUCUGUCACCCCAGCGACUUCGGCUGCAUUGACUACGCCCGCGACGACCUCAGCAUCAGCUGCCCAAACCUCGUCUGCGUCGGCAGCUUCUUCCUCGUCUAUCCCGGCCACUACCUCGUCGGCCAGCUCGACUACUCAGGCAUCGACCUCAGUCAGCGUUGCUACCGGUGCCCCGACCACUUCAAUUGCUGUCGUCACCCCCAAUCCCACAGUUGCAUCUCCCACCGGCUUGAACCUUCAACCGUCCUCGACCAUCUCCUCUCCUUCUGCCACCUCUACCAGCACCUCAUCAGUCCACACCAGCACUGUCAUUGGUGGAGUCGUCGGCGGUCUCGCCGCGCUUGCUCUCAUCGGCUUUGUUGUCAUGAGGAUCAUACGUCGCUCCCGCAAAGAUGACGAUGACGACGAGUUCAACCCGAACCAGUUCAGGCGGCAGUCGGUCAUGCUCAUGGAUGACCCCCCGCCGCCGGUGCCGCCUCUCCCGCCGAUGCCGCCGAUGCCGUCCAUGUACAACAACCCUCGCCCGCCCAACAUGGUCGAGCGGCACAUGAACGCGUCGCCUGCGCUCGCCCAGCAGCAGGCAUACGGCCAACAGAACUUUUACGGCAGCUUCCCGUCAUCUGGCCUGUCCUUCCUCCCCGGCGACGUCGUCUCGCACCCCGGCUCGCCCGCCCCGCCGCCGCCUGCCGCGUACAACCAACACCCUAUGGCUCUCGGUGACUUCGCAGAUGCGGCGGGUAUCGCGCGGCAGCCCUCGAACGCCACGGCGGGCUACGCCGUCCAGCGCCGCCCGUCGAACGCCAAUGCCGCGUUCGGCGCGCCCGCCGCUGUCACGGAGCAGCACUACCUCGACCUGAACCGGUCGAGCGUGUCGCCGUACCAGGAGAAGCAGUACGCCGAGAUCUCGCGCCAUCUUAGCAGCUCGGGCCAGGGCCAGGGCAUGCGCUCGCCCCCAGCCCCGCAGUCUGCUGCGUAUGUGCACCCGAUCCCGGAGGAGUAUGCUGAUCUGCCGAGUCCGUUUGAGGAUGCGCAUGCGGCUAAGAGUGCCAAUGCGGCGGCGGCGGCGCCUGCUCCUGCUGCCCAUCCCCAGAAGGAGGAGCCGCGCCCCGUGUCGACGUACACUAUGUACGAUGAGGGUGAUGCGUACGGGGGCAUGUAA